AGGAAGCACUUCCAGCGGGCGGGAAGCAGUUCCGGGGCGGCGCGGGCCGGAGGAGCGGAGCGGAGCGGAGCGGGCGGUGUGUAAAUCGGGAUUAUCAGUAGGAGUUUGCCCUGAGAAAACUCCAGUAGCCAGUCUUCUUGGGAGCAGUAGAGGAGAAGGGUGCACUGACAAUGGCUGCAGAGUUGGAUUUCUCCCCACCCGAAAUCCCUGAGCCCACGUUCAUGGAGAAUGUGCUACGCUAUGGACUCUUCUUUGGAGCCAUUUUCCAGCUGAUCUGUGUGCUUGCCAUAAUCCUGCCCGUGUCCAAGUCCCACAAGACAGACUCAGACAGUUUUGAACCUAAGAAUUCAGAGACGGUGAAGAAGCCAAAGGGAACUGCUCCACAGAUAAGCAAGAAACCCAAGAAGGAAACCAAAAAGAAACGAUAGAGGUGUGACUGAUGAGCCUCCAAAGACCAAAUAACCACCUGUAAUCGUGCUUCCUCAGAGACAACAUCAAAGGCAACUAACUCUGUUAAUGGUUUUCCGGCAUUGCCAUCUUUUACUUUUCAGGGGCAAGGGACAAGAAACUUAGAAGAGUGGAAGGGUUGGGGUUCUGCCAUAGAUUUCUUACAAGCAAAGAGCACUUCACAUAUCCAGGACUUCAUUUGACUUGAUUAAUGUGUCAGUCACCAUUAAAGUGACUUCUGCCAGUUCUGAUGGGUAGAGAGGGCUGUUGUCCUGGCUCCUCCAUGCUGGCUGGGAUUUGUAGUAAAGUCCCUGUGGAAAGUGGAGCAUGAGUUUGCUACUUUGGAUACCGGUUUGUGUUGGGUUUUUUGAAGGCAGAGGGAUCAAAUAGAUUAAGAAUACCAUGCUACACAGCUUUGUAUUCAUCUCUGUUGUCAUCUAGUCUGAAAUACAUAGCUGCAUUUCAUGGCUUAA